AUGGAAGAGUCUUUAAAAUGCCAGUUCUGCUCUAACUUCGCUAUUAAUGCUGUCGAAUCUAACUGCGACUGUGCGCUGCUAUACUGUGAAAGAUGCUCCCAUCUUAUAAGUUCAUGUAUGACAUGCUAGAAAUAACUAUCAAUGAAAGAACAAGCACCUGAGCAAUAAAUAUUUGGAUUUACUGAGAAUAAACUUGCUAGGAGAUUAAUCAACCAACUCCAAACAUAAUGUAGAGUAUAGAACUGCGGUUAUAGAAGUACAAUUAGCGAAUUAGAUAAGCAUUGGAGUAGAUGUUCAUUGAGAGAAUACAUUUGUGCCUACUGCGGAGUGGGCAUAAUUGGUAAGCAGUGCUUUAAGGAACAUGUGGUAACCACUCAUGAGUAGAAGUUUCUCAAUAUUUUCGACAGUUGUCUAAAGGGUGCUAUUAUCAAAUCUGAACUGGAAAACAAAAACCUAAUUGAUAAGUCUUUGGAUUUACUGUAGAUGGAUAAAAAUUAACCCUAGGAGGAUUUUGGCUUCCAUAUAGAAAAUCAUCAGAAAAUUCAGGACAUGGAAGAUCAAAACUAUCAGAAUGAGUAUGGCUUUGAAGAAGAGGAGGAGAAAAUUCAACGAUCUGACAUAAACCAAGAACUUAGACAUAAUAUUAAAUAAAACCUAGGCUCAUUUUAGCUGGUUUCUGUUGAGGAUGCAGUAAACAGAGAGAGUAUGGAACUGAGUAGGAAAAAUUCAUCUCCAAGAGAUAAUAGAUGGCAAUGCUUUAAGUGCUAAACUAUAAAUACAUUGGAGCACCCUAAAUGCACGGGAUGUAAAGGCGAGUUCCUUAAGAACUUUGUCCAGAUCAAGGAUGAAGUCAAAAAUUUCAUUGAGAAAAUUAGGAAAGAUUAACAACGAGAAAUUUAAAAGAAAAUUAAAGAAGAUUAAGAAAGGUAAAGAAAAUCGAUGAGGUAGCGAGGAGACUCAGAGGAAUGUCUCAUUUUUUGA